AUGAAUAUCCCUUCCGGGAACGGAGUCGAGGGUAAUCCCUUAACUACCGAUGCUCGUCCCGAUGGAUUCCAUCCAUCCAUCUCGGGGCUUGAGCCCAAUUCCUGGCUAGACUACAAUGGUCAAGCAGGGGGUUGUCGCGAGGAGCUCGACUUCAACCAGUACAGCUUUGACCUGUUCUGUUCCGACCAGAUCGAACAGGCCGAACAGGGGCAGAUGACCCCUCUGACGGCGUUCCUGAUGUCGGACUCGGAUCAGUACAACUCUACAAACGAUACUCCAGAAGCCGUCAUAGAUGACAGCUUUUUAUCGACUCCGGCCUCGCAGCCUCAAGUCGCCUCCUCGGACAUCGGCACUCCAUGUCUCUCUCCAUCCCGUCCCGGCCAUUCUACCAAGGGCGCGAAGUGGACCGAGGAGAUGAACGCCUUCCUCGUCGAGAGAAAGAACAUGGGGGAGAAAUACGACGCCAUAGCCGAAAGGAUGCAGGAAAAGUUUGGCGUCCACAUCAACUCCAACAUCCUCACCAAGCGGUACAAGAAGAUCGCAGAGCAGGAGUCGAAAGAGGCAAUCUUAUACAAGGCCAUCGUGAAUGCAACUCCGCGCAUUAAAAGCGUUCUUGAAGACGAGCUCGAUAAGAUGUGCGCUGGAGAUGCCUGCAAGUUAGUCAAAGAAAAGCAGGACAUGAAUCGCCAACUUCCAGACCUCUUACAGAGCCUGAGGGCGGCGCUGUGGAAACAAGCACAAGCACAAGCACGGGGCGCCUAG